AUGUUUGUGCCUUGCCGCAUUGCACACCCCAUCGUCAAAUGUACCUACUGCAGGACCGAGUUCCAGCAGGAGAGCAAAACCAACACAAUAUGCAAGAAAUGUGCUCAGAACGUGAAGCUAUAUGGGACGCCAAAACCGUGCCAGUACUGCAACAUAAUAGCAGCGUUUAUUGGCAACAAGUGCCAGCGCUGUACGAACUCUGAAAAGAAGUAUGGGCCACCACAUUCAUGCGAACAGUGCAAGCAGCAGUGCGCGUUUGACAGAAAGGAUGACAGGAAGAAGGUGGAUGGGAAGCUGCUGUGCUGGCUGUGCACGUUGUCAUACAAACGGGUCCUACAGAAGACUAAAGAGCAACGCAAACAUCUCAGCAGCUCUUCCCGGACGAGCCUCCAAGAGAAGGAGCAGUACAGCAGGAUCAGCGGUGGCAGCCAUUACAACAGCCAGAAAACCUUAUCCACAUCUUCUAUUCAGAAUGAAAUUCCAAAGAAGAAACCCAAGUUCGAUGCCAUUUCUGCCAACGGUGACAGCGUUCCUUCCUCUCCCGAGAUGCUUUGCCCCCCUAUCCAGAGUGCCCCGUCCGUGUUGGUGCAGUGGGCUGCUUCCCAACAGAGUCUCGGUGCCCAUCAUUAUCCUGUUUCUCAAGGCACUGACAACCUGAAUUUUUCUCCAGACCUUGCCCUGGACUCCCCCGGCACAGACCACUUUGUUAUUAUUGCCCAGCUGAAGGAGGAAGUGGCCACUCUGAAGAAGAUGCUGCACCAGAAAGAUCAGAUGAUCUUGGAGAAGGAAAAGAAGAUUACAGAGCUGAAGGCUGACCUGCAGUACCAAGAAUCCCAGAUGAGGGCAAAGAUGAACCAAAUGGAGAAGACGCACAAGGAAGUCACAGAGCAGUUACAGGCCAAGAACAGAGAACUCCUGAAGCAAGCAGCUGCCCUGUCCAAGGGCAAAAAGCCUGAGAAGUCGGGAGCGAUAACCUCCCCUUAAAAACAAAAAGAGACUGGGAGCUUUCCCCAGCAUUAGCCAAGGAGCCUGGCUAGCGGCCUGCCUGUCCUGCUGGAACCCCCAACCUCAGAUUUGUUACGAUCCUAUUGCUAUGGACUUGAUGGAAACGCCUGGUGUGUGUUGCCUUUCGACAGCAUGCUUGAGUGUGUCCGGUUAUCUGUUGAAUCCUGUUAUAUAUUAUAGCUGUUCUUGGGGAGAGGUGCUCCUAGGCAUCCUACUUCCCCCACGCUCCAGAACAAAUGCUCACGGGAAGAUACUUGUUUUCUAACCAGUUGUUAUCACUGCCACCCCAUACGUAGACAAUGGGGGCCUGUAGCAUUGGAGAUUUCAUCUCUCUGAUGCGAUACCUGCUGCUCUGGGGCACAGUGCCACACCAGCUGUUUUUCAGACAUGCCAAGAGCUCUGUGGUGGGAAUUUUAUUUCAAAGUAUUUUGUUCCUCUUUUAGCUGCGAGCCCUUCCCUCCCUUUCUGAGUAUGGAGGGCAAGCCGGCGUGUGGGAGCUGGAGUCAGUCCAUGUCUCGGGAGCACUUCCAAAAUCUGGGCUAGAAUUUUAUCUUGGGGGUUUUAUUUGGGUUUUUUUGGCAAACCAGACUGCCUGUGUUGAUUGCUUUUGGUGUGGGACUCCUAGCAGAAUAAGUGUAUCUAACCCCUUGUGUCUCUAUGGGAUCCCAGUUCAACAGCUGGGAUGUCAGGUCAUUUGACUGAGCUGGCAUAAAUGAACUUCUCUGGGACUGCCCAACAUGAAGGAGGUUACUCCCCCCUCCAUAGCCUUGCUCCAGUUUCUCCUCUUUCUUCUCUUCAUCAUUCCUUCUCGUUGGUUUUUAUGCCUCUUUCCUUGAUGUCAGGAGUAGGAUCAAGUUAGUUCUGAGAAAGGUAUUGCAGGGAGCAAUGCCCCAAAACAGGAAGUGUUUCUUGGGUGCUGGACAGAGACGCCCUACCCCCCUUCCCCAUCAAAGCCGGCAGGGUAAAAGGGCAAGAAGGUUCUCUGCAGCAAAGAUGUGCUUCUCUGAAACACCUGCUUCUGGGGCAAGGAGACCCAAGGUGGUUUCAGCGAGGUCAGCAGGAACGAACCCCCCCCCGCCAUCCACCUUCAUCGGAGCUGAGACGAGGUGAACGCUGCAGGUGCCUGAGCUCUGUGCUUGGGGCGCUCAGAGAAGGCGAUAAAAAUCAAGCUGCUCUUAGGGAGGGAAACCUAAGAGCCGUGCCUGCUUCCUCCAUGAAAUGCCAGCAGUGAGCCCCACUCCGGUAGCGCGAAGAGAUAUCUCAGGGUCCGGUACUCCCACCGCGAGGUGGGCAGUGGGGAGGGAGCCUUUAAUGGGUUAAUUGCUGUCCAAGGCAAGGAGCCUUCAAGCCCUGUGGACUGGGCCAGCUGCUCUCACAGAGUUUUUAUAAAUCUUUUUAACUAGAGAGUUGUGGGGUUUUUUAUUUUAUUCUUUUUUUAAACAAAGAUGAUUUUAUUCAAAGGCACUUUCAGAUGUUGUUAGCUUUGGGCAUGGAAGGAACACACUGAAGCAUUGGAGACGCUGUGGGUUUGUUCUUUUUAUUUUGCUUUCCAAUUUUUUUUUUAAGAGACUUGGGAUGCUCGAGAAUCGUUGCACUCCGCCAGAGUGCGACAGCAGGAAAACGCGCCUAAUUUUAUACUUCAUGUCUUUUUAAAAGAAGUCUGAACUGUAUCAAUAACAUUUUUAAAAUUGGGGACUUUUUCUUUUGAGCGUCCCUCUGGUUACAGAAAUAAUAAUAGAGGGAGAAGGACCCUGUACAUAAAAUAAUGUUUUCUUUUCUCUCUCUCUCUUUUUUAAUUGUGAAAACUUGAUCAUGCAAUUGAGUAGCUGAUGAUUUGUAGUAAUAACGUUGUUCCUUUGUAUGUUUGUAAUAAUGGAGAUUUUAAAGGGAUGCUUUGAUUUGUACAAAAUUCAGACAAAUGUAAAAGUGUUUAAAAGCAUAAUCCUCCUGA